AUGCACGCCCUCCGUCGCACCGUUGCUUCUUCUUCGCGCUUUUACUCGACCGCCCCUCCGGUCAAGGCCUCUGUCAAGCUCAUCGCCGAGAUUCGGAAGAUCCAUGAAGGCACCUCCAUGACCAAGGCCCGCGAGGCGCUCAUUGCCAGCAAUAACGACCUCGACGGCGCACUCAAAUGGCUCCAAGCAGACCGCGAAGCCUCUGGCGCGGCCAAGGCAGCAAAGCUCGCCGACCGCGUCGCCGGCCAGGGCCUCAUCGGCAUCCAAGUCCUCUCCCCCGGCUGCCGCCCCGGCGCGAGCAACGGUGUGCGCGCCGCGCUCGUCGAGCUCAACUGCGAGACCGACUUCGUCGCCCGGAACGACCUCUUCGGCAAGCUCCUCGCCGACAUCGCCCACACCGCCGCCUUCCUCGCCGAGCCGACCCGCGCGCCCGACGGGGCGAAGCUCGUGCAGCCCGUGUCCGUCGCCGCGCUCAACGACGCGCCGCUGCUCGACCACCUCGACCCGUCGCCCGCGGGCGGCGCGUGUGACGCUCCGCGCGCGGCGGCGCUCGCGCGCGACGCGUUCCCCGCGCCGCAGCGGCACCUCGGUCUCCGUGCGUUCCCGUUCGUGCACGGCGCGGUCGGCGGCGUGAUGAACGGCACGAAGGGGGCGCUGGCGGUGCUCGCGCUGCAGUCGCCGCGGCUCCCAGAGCUGAUUGGGGCGGAGGAGUUCCAGCAGCAGCUCGCUGCGCUCCAGCGGUCGCUCGGGCGCACGAUCGUUGGCUUCCCGACGACGACGGUACGCGCGCCCGACGGCCAGUCGGAUCCGGAGGCGUUGUACGGGCUGCCGACGGACAUGUUCAUGAACAAGCAAGGCGGCACUGUGGAAGAGGAGCUUCGACACUGGGCGUCGGCUCAUGGACUGGCUGCGGACGGCGCGGAGGGUGGUUUGGAGGUGUUAGAGUUCGAGAAGUGGUCUCUGCUGGAGCCGUUGGAGAAUGCAUGA